UCAAGAAACGCCAUCCAUUGCAGACCUUGUGAGGGAAAGUACGGUACUCAGACACUCCAAUGAGCCCGACAAGUCCUCACAAUCGGGGGCCAAUGACUUUGCACGUGCACCGGGAGCACAACUACCCAACCAGCGUCCCCGAAGAUUGCUAGAUACUCCCGGGAACCGUACAGCUUCGAUUGAGUGCAAGCCAUGGGGAACAGACAGACAGGUCAACCAACCCCCCAAUGCUUUACAAUCGGGAAUGGGUCCCAUCCAGCAUCCACAGACUCCAGGCUAUCUAGCCGCUGCCACCUCCAUUGCUUCACGAUCGGGAAGGAGAGGGGGCAUCAUCCAGCCCCCACCGGGCUUUCAAAGCUUUCCGGCUAGGGACAAUCCCGGAGGAUUUACAGACCCCUCCAGGAACUUUCCAACGAGGAAUAGUGCGACAAACGAGAUGGUAUCAGGAGAAGGCAUGCAUGGCAUGCAGACCAAUGACCUCUUUGAAACCUCACCAACGGGAACGGGUGCCUUCCAAUUCGCAUCGGGAUUUCGGAGCCAUCCACCCAACGCUUACGGAGGCUCUGUUAUGAGCCAUACUACUUUGUCUCAAAAUGCCUGGGACCCGCAGUUUAAUCGCUUCUCCGAUGCCUCACUAUUGGGAAUUGGAACUCCCCCGGGUCUACCUGACCAUCAGCCGUAUGCCAAUGGUCACUUUGGAACUCCUACAACUCCCCAUUAUGGAAACGGCCAGGAUGCUUUGGCUGCAAAUUUGAAUCAACAAUUCGGAUCAGCAGUUGACGCUCCUACUGACCUACUGAAUGGCUAUCAACAUAACCCUCACCAGCCAUUUGGUCAAUUACCAAUUGGACAGUACACCAAUGGAUCUUCUUAUAAUCCUCCCCCACAUCUUCAACCACACAUUCCAGCAUUGGAUGGAGGUGUGAGGCCAAUAGCUCCAUCGCAUCUGAAUCACUCUGUGGCCCCAGCCGAUCGGGAUUCCACCGAUGAGGAAGCCUUGAAGGACUUGAUGAGAGUAAGCUCCAGUGAAAUCUACUCGCCCCUUUCAGACCCAACAAGCCCCAAAAAGGACCCUGCCCCUUAUGCCAAUCAAAUAUUGUCCUCAACGACCCCAAGGAGGACUCCAGCAUCCGCUGCCUCCAGAGCCGUCGAAGAUUUGAAUAGCAGAGAGCAAUCUCUACCACCAACUACGAUGGCCGACCAUCCUGCCUACGGUGGUGAUCGCGUACGUCUUCAUGUCUCCCUUCCUCAUCCUCAGGUCGCCGGGGAAAGUGACUUCCGGUCUCAGACAGGACGUCACCCAGCUAGUCAAGAUUCUCAAAAGAGACCUCUAACUUGGGCUGCCAUUGUGGCGCAGUCCCCUCCCCCUUCGAUCAAUGGAGGCGGCGUGCAGAACUUGAUCGGUCCCUCUUCGACUAACGCUGGGCGUGUGUCAUCGAAGCAUGCUGAGGCUUCGAGAUCCGAAAAAACUCCUCUCGAUUCCGCAGCCAGGGCCUCGUUGCCUCGCCCACCUCCACCAUCCGACACCCAAGAGCGGCGGGUACCGGGAACCGCGUUUCCAAACCAACCACCCAUUGAUUGGGACCAACCAUUCACGAGUCUCGACCAAAUUCCUGAAAGUCUCCUUCGCCGGCUUCCCUCGAGUGAACGAUGUCGAAUCGAGGACACAUUUACGCGUCGCAGGGGCCGCGUAUGGAUUCGUCCUUUAACCAACGCUGAGCAGUUGGCAAGACAACAUUCCGAGGCUUCGAACGCCGGCGAGACUCCUUCCAGUUCCACGGUCCCGGCUUUGUUGACUCCACCAGACCCAACAUCAGAUGGUCCUCCUUGGCCGACUCUUUCCGAAAGCAAUUCCAUGGGUGAGAAAGGAAAGUCCAAGAGAGGACCUAAGCCGGAAUCCAAAAAUGAAACCAAGCCAGAACCCAAGCCAGGACCAGGACCAAGUUCAGGAUACGAUUCAGACCCGGAUGCAGGACCCAACUUCACACCCGUUCAUAUUGUGCAAAUCAGCUACAACGGCGUGGAUUGGAGCACCAUCCUGAAUUCUUUCCAAUUGAAAAUUACUUUACAUCUAACGGAUCUGCACCACUUGCGAAGGAAAAGGACAGCCUCGCCAAGCUCUUCGAGAAGUACAGAGAAUCCACAGAUGAAGAAGACAAGACAGGUGUCAACGGUACAAUGAGAUAUCUCCAAGACUUGGGCCUGAAUCUUGAAAGUGCCGAGAUCUUGGUGCCUCUUGAGAUUGUGCAAGCACCAGCUUUGGCAGAGAUGUCAAAAGAGGCAUUCAUCGAUGGAUGGAAGACUGUUGGCGCCGAUACGAUCCCAAAGCAAAAGGCAUACGUUGCUGGCCAGCUUAAGCAAUUGUCCACUGACAUGGCGCUGUUCAAGAAAGUAUACCGACACACAUUUGUCUGUUCCAGAG